AUGACGCCAGAAAACUUUCUUGAGAUGAAAGCGACAAUUGAUAGAAUAUACCAAAUAGUGACGGAUAACAGCUUUAGCCUAAGAGAACUUUUGGCGUUGGCAGACAAGAUUCAAAGGCCAAGCGCUGAAAACCUGCCACGACAUAUACGUGGAUUUGCUGGUCGCAUCGAAAACAAAAUCACUAACAUGCGUACAGCAAAGAACCUUGGAUAUGAGCUGGGAUUAAGUUCUAGCAAGGUAGAAACACUCGCUCGUGAUUCUGACGAUGAUGCCAAGGCACUAUUCUGGGAUGAGCUGUGUGAGCGACAUCAACUACCAGGCAGACCAUUGACUACCGGACUUUUGAUUUCAGCUUGCCAGGGAGCUGGCAUUAAAUCAGUACAAGACGAUCUAAUGCCUCCAAGCCACGUGGAGGCGAUAGAAAAGUCGUACAGCAGACUUCAACAAGACAUCCGUGUAAAGGAUGUUCUUCCAUACCUGCGUGACCGCGGCAUGAUGUUAUGGGAGGACAUCGACUACAUUACCGAACCCAAGACUAAUCGAGAGCAGUUUAAGUGCCUUGUUGACAUCCUGCCACUUUUUGGAAAGAAUGCUUUUGACAACUUCGUGGAUGCUUUAAAGAAAUCGGGCCAUGAACAUCUAGCUGCCAUUUUAAUGAAUGAGUUGGAAAACCUUUGUGAAGAUGAAUAUGAUGUAAGGGACCUUGCUACCGAGGACAAUGGGGAUGACAACUACUCGAUCAGCCUUUAUAUAUUAUGUUGUCUCAUCUAUUAUUUUAUGCCCAUAUUAUUUCCGCUUUAAUCCAAGCUUUGACAUCAUAUACUCUUCUUAACUCUUGUUUAUACAAAAUUCACAACAGCAAGCUGAAUACUUUUGUCUGAGGAACAAUUAUGCUUAUAUCUGUUUUACAGUAGCCUAAAUUUUGCUAACUGGCAUUCGUGUAAUUCAGAUUUCUCUUUUAACGGACACGGUCUCAAAUUCCUGUCCAGAGACCGUUAAUUUAUAAUGUUCUGCAAUCUACUUCACCCGGAUACUCUUUGUUCCCAGAUUGUGGAUGUAAAUUCAACAACAAAGCACUAGGUUCGGUGUCAGAAGUUGUAUUUCAGUUUUAUACCUAGUCCAAACUGACCAGGGAUCGGUAAAGAUAACACCAGGAUAAUAUAGUCUUCUGCAAUUAAACAGAAAUGGACCUUGCUCCGUUCCCUCUGCUAGGUACGCCCUGUAUUUGAUUAUUUGGUAGUCAUUUCCUCAGUAAUUUGUCUGUUGGAAAAAAAGAAAUAUUUUAUUUAACAACGCACUCAACACAUUUUAUUUACGGUUAUAUGGCGUCAGACAUAUGGUUAAGGAGCGCACAGAUAUUAAAAGAGGAAACACGCUGUCAC